GUUCAAUAGCGCAGCGGGAACCUAUAUUGAACCCCGGGUAAUCCACCGUUUUAAUACGAUUUUUUACCCCCCACAAUCGGUCUCCUAUUGAGAAAAUUUAAUUUUGCGCUUUCAGAUUUUUGGAUGAAAAACAUGAAACAAAAUUGAUACCUGUGCUGUAAAUUGUGUACAUCAUCUUCGAAAUAGACUAAAAUAAACUGAAAUUAAAGGGGAAAACUAAGAGGAUUUGUUUCUCCAAAAACGGACAAAGUUGAGCGUCUGUCGCAAGGCGUCCAACCGAGCUGUCACCUGGGAUACUUUGUGAUCUGAUCCAAUAUGGCUGCCGAAGCACGCUUUUUGAAAUGAAUUAAAUUCAACCUGUGAUUUCUCACAAAAGUGAAAGCGAUGGCUGAAAAGGACAUGUUUCCUUUGAAUCCGACCUUAAUGCGAGGUUUGAACGAUAAAUUGUAUGAAAAAAGAAAGAUUGCAGCCUUAGAAAUUGAACGGUGAGUCGAUGGGCCCAAACUUGCAAAAUAUGAAAAGAGUAUUUCAAGCUAAGAACUCAAUAUAAUCAUUUAUACACUUUACUGUAGCUUAUAAUGAUAGCUUUAAUGUAGUGUUUAUUUAAUAAGCAUGAAGACUUGAAUAAACAAAGAAUGUGUUUUUUGUAAUGGAGUAUUGUCCGACUUGAUAAUUAUGAUUUACACAGCAAUUAGAAGUCACUUUGUUCAGUUCUAUUUUUUUAAAUGGACAUAUUAAUUGCUACAUAUUCGUCCAUAUUUAAAUUUACUUUAAUUACAGGGUUAAAAAGUUUGCACUUUUAUCAUCUAUUCAACUACUGAACUUUUCUAUACUUUGAUCAAAACCGGUUGGGGGGGGGGGGGAGAUGCUUGAACUAUAACAAAUUGCCAGUUCAAAAGUUGUUGUGGUUGUGUCAGAACUACCUGAAAAUGAUAGGACCGUAAUACAGCUGGGGGAGGGGGGAGGGCAAUAAUUUGUAAACUAGUGAUAAUCUGUGAAGUUUGAUGAACUAAUCAGCCCCCAAUACAAAACUGCUUCCUACGGUAAUGAGAUUAUACAAAAUUUGACGUAAUUCAGAUGCAAACCUUUUACUGUAGAAUGUUACCUACAUUGGACUACCAUGUUUGCAGUUUCUAUUAAAUGCCAUACUUCUUUAAUUUUGAUGGUCUCAUGAUACUGAAAUGUCAAGUUCCAAGCUAUUUUUGAUAUCACAGUUGCAGGCUAUUCUCAUGUGAAACUCAUUUUUGUCACAAGCAAUUGACAGGUUUCAAUCUUAUCAACCAAUCUUGUUUCACUAUGCUUCGCAGUACAAACAUUGAAAGAUUUUUUGGCCACACUUCAUCCUUAGAUGCAAAUUAUUUAAACGCUAGCACAGCGUCAAAUAUCUUACUGUCUCAUUCUGCUAAUAGUAUGGUUAAAGAAUUCAUAGCAAACAAUGAUGUUGCAAUGAUUAAAAGGCUCACAUCGGUACUGACAACAGAAUUCUCUGUAUCUCAUAAUCCUCACAGUCGCAAAGGUGGGCUUAUUGGGCUGGCAGCUACUGCAAUUGCUUUAGGAAAGGUAAUGUAUAUUGUUAACCUUGUAAAUUGCAAAACACUUUCCUCUUCACAAAUAAAAUCGUCUGUCAUUGCAGAGAGUAAAGUAAUAACAUAGGAACACACAUUUGCAAGUUUAAGCAAUGGUUAACAAGAGCUAUGGUUUGCAUGUCUGCAUGGUUAGCCCAUUUUCAUCUCAUUGAAUAAAAAUGUCUGAUGGUACUGUAAGACAGAGUAAGAUAAGGUAGAAAGUGUUAUAAGAGUGCAUUGCAAUGUAGGGAUCUUAAUCAUAUUAAACCAAUAGUUCCUAGCAGCCAAACAAUAAGAUAGUUAUUUUUAUAAGGUUUCAAUUUUUACUUGAGUACUUAAUUCAACUUUUCUUUUGAUAAAUAACUUUCAGGAAUCAGUAGCUUAUCUCCAGGAGUUGAUACCACCGGUGCUGUCAUGUUUUUACGACCAAGACAGCCGUGUUCGAUACUACGCAUGCGAGGCAUUGUACAACAUUUCGAAGGUUGCCAGAGGAGCUGUUUUACCAUUUUUUAAUCAGAUAUUUGAUGGGCUUAGCAAGGUAUGGUUUACUGAUUUUUAGGUAAAUGUAGCCCUUUUGUUUGUGGAAAGAAAGGUCAUGUCAGUUUAUUGUUUUUGUUACCUGUAGUUGGCAUCAGACACUGAUCCUAAUGUCAAGAGUGGAGCUGAUUUACUGGAUAGAUUGAUUAAGGUAUUAAAUACUGUAUUAUAUACUAGCUUUGGUAACAGACUAGCUUUAAUAGCAUACAUGAGGGUGUUGCUAGCACAAUGCCAUUAGUUCCAUUGGGUUUUGAUUCCUGCAAGGUAUAACUGUCUGUUUAUAAGUGAGAAGAAUAAAUUCAGUUUGAUUCUACCAAAAACAUACCACAGAUUUUCUCCCCAACAGUGCCCCACUCUGGUUUUAAAUACCUCUAGUAAAAUUUAACUAUUGGGAGAUGGCCCUCAAUUCCUGGACCCCCAGGCCUGAUAUAGAGGAACUAAGGAAGAAUAGGCCUGUCAGUCUGAUAAAGUUUGUUCAGUGUACGUCUCCUUGUAAAGUAACACUGGAGUAACAAGAGAUGUAACUCUUGGCAGAACAGUCUAGAAUUGAUAGAGCACCCGAGUACAAGGGUUAGGACUUAGGGUCCCAGAGCUCUAGGUAUUUGUAAGUUUUUAAAACUGUCUAUUUGCAUUCUAAUGCUUUCAGUUCAAAUCAACCAAUGUGAUUAUAGUAAAAACACUUUUAUCAGAAUAUUUGUUUUCACCAGUUUUCCAUAUUUUUAAUUUCUAGGACAUUGUUACCGAGAGUACUUCAUUUGAUCUUGUGUCUUUCAUUCCUUUACUGAGAGACAGAAUGUACACAACAAAUCCUUUUGCUAAACAAUUUAUUGUCUCAUGGGUAAGAUGGCUUCUUUUCUUCUCUAUCUGAUAGAGGAGAAUAAUGUCAAUGUGUGCAAUAAUGUUACUAAAUUUGUACAAUCCAUAUUUAUUACAGUAUUACAGUAUAGAUAGCCAAGUCAUCUUGUUUCUUAUUAGUAGUAUACGGACUGCCAAAGACCUUAGUGCCAUUGCAAUUACCUACUGCAUUUUACUUAACUUUACUUUACUUAGUUUUAAUUUUGGGCUGCUAACAUGUAAUAGUGUAUUACUAAUUAGUUUAUACUGUAUAUUCAAAUGAAUUCUCUGAAUGAAUGAUUAAUUGUCUAGUUUGUUCUCAGAUUUUAGUUCUGGAUUCAGUUCCUGAUCUUGACAUGAUAGUUCACUUGCCUGAGAUUCUGGAUGGUAUUUUCACGAUAUUUCAAGAUAAAUCGGCCGAAAUAAGAAAGAUGUAUGUUUGAAUGAAUGAAUGAACAACUUUAUUUAAAGAGGGUAGAAAACACAUGACUGCAAUAUAACUUGAAAAACGUGUUGCUCUCAAAGUUAAAUUGCACUAAUACGAACCACAAACAGAGGAGGGGGUUUUGCGCAAUUAUUUAGAAAAAUAAUUUUCGAUCCAAGUAUCCCAUUAAUGUCACUGAAUUUUAGCAUUUGUUACAAAUCACUGAAAAUCUAGACACCAAUCCCCUUCCCAUGCUUACGUACUAAAUGGAUGCUCCUUAUUCUACACAGGUGCGAGGCUGCUCUUGGAGAGUUUCUACGUGAGAUAAAAAAGUCUCCUGAAAAUGUGAACUUCGCUGAUAUGGUCAACAUUGUUGUAGUUCAUUCCACUUCCAGUGGUAAGGAACGGACACUUGUAAAAGAAAAGAACAAUUGAUUAUACAGAGAAAUGAACAAGAGAAAUUACUAAUUUUAUAAAUAUUAAUAGUUUUACAACCGGUUGUUAAAAAACAUAUUGUUUUUAGCCCGGUUGAAAACGGUACCUACUGCUCGUCAAGAAAAUCGAAAAUGUGGUACACAAGCUAGGGGCCGAUUGUAUAAGAAGCAGUUAAAGUUAACUGUAGUUAUUGCGAAAGUUAUCCAAACAGCAUCGCGUGCUUUCGAGUUAACCACUUUUAAACUGCAAAUUGGCUAUAGUUAUCUGGCAUGUUUGUUUACACUGGUUUACUGCAAAGGCAUGGUUCAAAGUUUCUCUGAUCACAGUAGGAAUUUUGCAUCUAGGUAAAUUCUAAGACUAAGUUUUUGAAGGAUUUAUUAAACGGAGUAACACAGAGUUAGUUCCCUCAAACAUUUCUUACAAAUCCUUGAAAACGUAGAAUUUACCAGAGGUAAAAUUUCUACUGUGAUCACAGAAACGUUGAUAUGGUAAACCAUGAAUGUAAUUCCUGAAAAAAUUAUACUCAGGGCCCGACACUCCAGUGUAGCGUCCUUAUGGUGGAGUCUUAAGCCGUAAUGUGGCUCUGGGGAAGAGAUAAUCGCUUAUCUAUUAUUUAAUUAUCUUUUUUAUUUAUUUUAUCUAUCUAAAAUGCCCCAUUUGUUAUGCAUUUAAUUCUACUUCUUUGCUUCCACGUCUUUUUCUACAGAUGAAAUAAUCCAAUUCACGGCUGUGCUUUGGUUACGGGAGUUUUUGUCUCUUUCUGGUCGAACAAUGAUACCAUACUGUGCUAACAUACUGUCCGCUGUUUUGCCCUGCGUCUCGUACGAACAUUGUAAAUUUAGUAUCCUUUUGUUUAUAUUUAAGACUCAACUAAACUAAACUGAAUUGACUUUAUUUAUAGUGGAUUAUUUUAUCACUUCGAAACUGUGCUUCCUAGAGUUGCAGUUGGUUCAAUUAUUGAAUACACAGAACUAGGAGGUCCAGCCGUCCAGAGGCACGGUUUCCCGGAAAAUUUUUCUAUUUCUCAGUUUUGAAAGAACUCCAAAAUUUGUCCUGAAGAAGAGUUAAAGUCCGGACGGUCCGGACUCCCCAUUCUCCCUGCCCCGUGGCUACCCCCCCCCCCCCCCCCCCCCCCCCCCCCCCCCCGCCGUACGACCAAAACGCACUCUUAUCUUCUUUAUCGCGUUCCGUUAAUAUGGAAGCUACCAGUGGGACGUCCUGGCAUCCGUUUAAAUCCGAGCAAAUGGAGAGUUUUGCCUCUCAUAUAUUUACCCUUAAUUCAAAACAAGAUACCAAAGAAGUUGCAACGAAUGUCAAUCAGCGUGUCCGCGAUCUUAUCACGACAGAUGACGAUAACGAAACGAGUAGUCCCGAGCGGUCUAUGAAGAACUCCGAAAGAAUGGACUGUGAUAUGGAGUCAGUAGAGUAUAACUUGGAUCUUGGAUCCGUUCUGACAAUACUCACCUCUCAACUGAGCAAUGAGAAUGUACUGACACGUCUGGCUGUACUGAAAUGGGUGUUGUUGCUCUUAGAUAAAACACCGAGUAAGGUGAGAUAAAUAUAGUUAGUGGCCAGACAGUUGGUAUGUAAGGGAUUUGUAGACGGAAUUUUUGAGUGGAAAUUUUAUACAUUUUUAGACCUAACGGCUAACCGGGAACAGCUUCUUAAAAUUAAAUGCGGCUCUGCGAUUCCGGUGCAGCGCUGUAACCAACUGAGCUACAGAGAGCCAGUUGUUGAGCUCUAGAUCUAACCACAAGUUCAUGUAGGCUAGAGACUUUAGGUUCGAUUCUCAGUUGAAGAUUUGGAAAAUAGGUUUUCAGGAAGUUUUUCGAUUCCAUUUGGGCUCAACAAGUUACAAUGCCUACAGCGCCUAUAUAGUAUGUCAGCCGGCCAAAGUGAACAAACUCAAAGUCUAAUAAUUUAUGCACGUGUUUCAUGGUUUCUAAAUGAAAUUGAAAUUUCAGUUCAGGAAACAACUUCUUGUUUCGAUCUUUACAGCUAUUCAAGCACAUGGAGAAAAUAUUUCCUGUUUUAUUGGAUAGAGUAUCGGAUUCGUCAGACGAUGUAAGUAUAAAUAUAUGGCAUAGUGGAGAUAUUACUUAUUCAUUUGUACAUAACGUGAUCACGUGUCAUAUACGUCACAUUGGUGGCACAGUGGAUAUUGUGUUGCCUUUCACCUGUAUGCGCAGUUGUUUGUGUUGUAAUAUAACAGACAUUAGAUGACGGUAAUGCCCUUAUAAUACGCCGUCAUUUUCCGUGUAGGUUGUAAUGGCAGAUUUAGAAGUGCUAUCCGUAAUCUCGGCCUCAGAAGCUGGGCUGCCUAUGUCAUCAGAGAUUACGUCACCAGACAAGACUGCCAAUGGAAAGUCAUCGGCGAAAAAUAUAAAUGAAUAUUUUUAUAAAUUUCUUUUAAACUUGGUGGCGAAGUUUCGAAUAGAUGGAAAGUUACUCGAGGAGAAAGGUUGUUUUAUUAUUAGGUGAGUUUGGAUAAGAACAUUUCCUUCGAUGGUGAUAUUGGUAAGUCUCGAAACUGACCAAACUGUGAUGUCACAAUGAGUAGGAAGAGGUUAUUUCGCUCGCCUCAGAGUGACAAAACAUAACAAAGCAACGGUUUUACUAACACUAACCCUAUUCCAAACACUAACCCUAAUCCGGCCUAACCCUACUCCAAGCUGGUUUCUAAACCAAUCUUGAAGAAAACGUUUUGACGAAAUGUCAUUCUGAGGUCAACGAACUAACCUUUUCGCAAUGAGUAUUGGUCUGAGGCCGGUUGUACGAAAGCCGGAUAAUGCUAUUUCCCGGGUAGGGCUAUUCCCACGGGUAUAGGGAUAUUCACUGGAUAGUGAUUUUGUUCAAGGAAAAAUGGUUAAAAAGGAAAUGUAAGCAGGAAUAUUAAUUUAACCGAAAUAGGGUUAUUUCUAGGAAAACCAGGGAAAUUUUAACCGUGUGUUAUUAAAUAAAUCUAUGUUUUAAUCCUUUCUUCUUAGACAUCUGUGUUUGUUACUGAGUUCCGAGGACAUUUAUCGUACCUUAGCGGAGAUUCUUUUACAAGAAAACGAUUUAAAAUUUGCGUCAUUGAUGGUAAAAACACUGAACAUUAUUUUACUCACUUCAAGUGAACUAUUUGAACUACGACACAAGUUGAAAGAGUUGAAAACCAGGGUAAUGUAUGCACGGUCACGUAAUUUCAGACAGGGGUAAUACCAACCGUCACAGAUUGUCACAGAGGGUGGGGGGGGGGGGCUCUGAAGUAAAACAACUUAUAUGGUACAAUCUACCAUCUAAUGUAACAAAUUUACUCAAUGGUAAGGCACAGCGCAAUCGCAUAUAUAAGCAGGAAUAAUUUAAGGAAUAAUUUAAAAUUUGCAGGGAUAAUAAAACUCAAAUACGAUUCAUAUUUGUUCUUUGUUGUAGGAAAGUUGUGAAUUAUUCAGUGCAUUGUACAAGUCUUGGUGUCAUAAUGCUGUCGCUACAUUCUCGCUGUGUCUUCUAACACAAACAUACCAGCAUGGCUGUGAUCUUCUAAUGAUGUUGUAUCCUAAUAUCAGUGAUAUGCCUGUAUUUAUUCAUUCGUACGCUCAAACUUUAGUAAGAUGGCACAGUCUUCGGUGUUGCUUUUAGUUUGACUCAACCAAAACUACAGAUUGUCUUUAAUUACACGAGUUUCUUCUUGUAUAGUGUAGUAUAUUAUGGUAUGGUGUGUGGUAUGAUACGGUAUGGUAUAGCCUGAAUGGUAUGGUGUAUGGUAUGGUAUGAUAUAACACUGUCUGCACUGGAUAUUCAAUAAGGGAUGGUCCUUACAGAACCACCAAAGCAGCACUUUAGUACAGAUGACAAUAUUAAGUCAAAUCACUUUAAUCUUUCUUGAAUAUUCCUUGACAUUUUCUAGCGGUGAUCUCGAAGUACAUGUUGAUUUUUUAGUUCAAAUAGACAAAUUGGUCCAGCUUAUAGAAUCUCCGAUAUUUACUUGUGAGUUAUUCAUUAUGUUCAUUCUUACCGUUGCAAAAAACUAUCCGACUUCGGAAAACAUGUUGAAACAUAGCUAGGAAACAAUGUUUCGAUUUUUUCGCAACGACAAUUCAAUUCCUGGCAAUAAAUAUGUUUUUUCAGUUUGUAUUCUUUUGCUGUUCUUUAAUAUUUCUCAAUGUUUCUUUCUUCUAGAUUUAAGAUUACAACUUCUGGACACACAAAAUAAUUUUUAUCUUUUAAAAUCGUUGUAUGGUCUUUUAAUGUUGCUGCCACAAAGCGAUGCAUUUACAACAUUACGUCAUCGACUGGACUGUGUUCCAAAUGGCCAUCUUUUGCAGUCACCACAAACCAAGUGAGUAUUACAUUAAGAAAUAUCGAGAUUUUUGGGGGCAUCGCGCUCGGUAGAACGAACAGUUGAAGGAUUUUUUUGCUGAUGUGAAUUUCGAGCAGAAAAUGAUAUAUAAUUGAAUUUUUAGACUUAAUCAGGAGCAGUUGCGAAAAAUGCAACUACGGGUCCUCUGGCGGGAAUUGAACCUGCGCCUUUGCGAUUCUGGGGCAGCGCUCUAACCAACUGAGCUACAGAGUCCAAUUGUCGAGUUCUAACCACAAAAACUUGCAGGGCUGCAGGUUGGAUUCCUGCCAGAACGCCUGCUAUAGUUUCAUUUUUCGCAACUUGUCCGAUUGGUGAGUUUUAUGGCAGCGACUUUUACGGCAAACCGCCCACAAACGGCAAUCUUCAAAUCGCAUUUGAAGAUAAGUUCUUCAAGUUUCCGACAAUAAAGUAGCUAAUUCAUUCUUCAAUUUAUUAUAAUGCACAAAUUGUCCUAACUUCGAACAGCUAACAGUUGACUACACGGCAAAAACGCCGAGACCGUUGCUCAACAGGACUGAACAAUGUUUUGCUGCCCACGUUGUUCACACUUGUCAACAAUAUUGAACAAUGUUGUUGAGCCUGAAUCGGGUGUAACAAUAUUGUUCAAUGUUGUUGACAGCUGUGAACAAUGUGGGCAGCAAAACAUUGUUUAAUCCUGUUUUCAUCAGUAUUGCAUCAACCUGAGCGUUUUUUGCCGUGUAACAGUUUUCCGUUUGUGGUUAGCGGUCCGCCGUAAACGUCAAUCUCCGUUUAAACUUGCAAUUUUUAUGGUGAUUUUAAUAGCUGGGAUUUUCGUCUUCUGAUCGAUGUGAACGAGUAGAUAAGUUAUAAUGCUCAGAUGAGGGUACAUAUUCUCAGAACAUUCAUAAUUCAUCUACUUGUUCACAUGCAUCAGAAGACGAAAAUCGCACUAGAAAUGUAAACAGGUCUAAGGUCUCUAGAUUUUAGAGUGCUCAAUGAUGAAACCCUUCACUUAUUCAAUCAUUUAGCAAAACUCUAAUCAAUUAACACCGUUGUUCCUCAGGGGCAAGGACUUCGAGAAACGGGAAUACGUGAAGAAAAUCGACUUUACAGCUCUUCUGCAACAUUUUAAAACCGUCCAAGAUCGACAUGUCACUCGGAGGCAUCGAAAAGAACCAAUCACAAACGGGCUGGAGCCCACCUGAUGGUUUUGUUAAGGUGGCUCCGUAUGCAGUAUUUUAAUUAAAUCCCAGAUGCUGUUUCUUUAUAUCCAUACGCCCAAACAAUAACCUGAUUUAUACUAGACAACUUAGAGACCAGAUAUUCAGACAAACUAUCUGGAAUAACGCGAUCUGUAAAUACUGGCAAUUUUUCUGGUAACAAAUCAUGCCUGAAUCCUGAUAUUUUCCUGGUUAACGCCCAAUUUAUACAGGAUGCUGGUGUAGACAAUCACGACGCAGAAAGUUUAUCAUCUGUUUGCUGCAUUUAUAUCCAGAUUAUUCGAGAACAAUUUUCCAAGUUCGUCCAGACGGAUUAGAACGGAUCAUCCGUCUCUAAUACGAAUUGUUUUAGCAUUUGAUUGAUAUUAUGAUUGUAAUAAUCCUAUUCAUAAGUUUAUAGAAGCAUAGAGAGCCACCUAGAACCAAUUAUGUACAAACUAAAAUAUUUAUGAAAUCCACCAUUCACCAGUCCUGUACAAACAUUAUACUGUAUUUUUUAAAUAAAUGUAAUAUCCUAAAAGACCACAUGAACAGUAGUUAUAUGUGCUCUGUGCAUUGUUUCCCAAGUUUGCAAC